UGGGCGGCGGGCGGGCCCCGGCGGUAGAAGCGGAGCCCGGGGCCUGAGCUGCGGGAGCCGGUGAGGAGAGCGGCUGCCGCCGCCCGGGCCCGCGCUCCUUCCCCAGCAUCCGUGCGCCGCCAGCUGCGUCCCGGGAAACGGCAGCGUGAAAACACCGGGGAGGUGCUGAACAGUACCGGGGGAUUUUAAUGUAACCAAAAGCAUGAAGAAAUUAAAGCUUAAAGAACUGGAAAGCUGCCUUCAACAAGUUGAUACCUUUGAAAGUCCAAAACUACUCCUUGAACAGUAUCCAACAAGACCUCAUAUUGCAGCAUGUAUGCUUUAUACAAUACACAAUACUUUUGAUGAUAUUGAAAACAAAACAGUUGCAGAUUUAGGAUGUGGUUGUGGCAUGCUCAGCAUUGGAAGUGCAAUGUUAGGAGCAGGAUUCUGUGUGGGGUUUGACAUAGAUGCAGAUGCACUGGAAAUAUUUAAUAGCAAUACUGAAGACUUUGAGCUCACAAAUAUCAACAUGGUUCAGUGUGACGUCUGUUCUUUAUCUGACAGCAUGUCAGAUACUUUUGACACAGUUAUUAUGAACCCUCCAUUCGGUACCAAGCAUAACAAAGGAAUUGAUAUGAUUUUCCUGAAAACUGCUCUACAAAUGGCAAAAACAGCUGUAUAUUCCCUUCACAAAACUUCAACACGGCAGCACAUUCAAAAGAAAGCAGCAGAAUGGGAAGUGAAGAUGGAAGUCUUAGCAGAACUUAGGUUUGACUUACCAGCCUCAUACAAGUUCCAUAAGAAGAAAUCAGUUGACAUUGAAGUGGAUUUCAUUAGAUUUUCUGCCACAAAAGUCCUGAACUGAAGCAUGUCCUUAAAACCUAUUGAAAAUGGAACAAUAAAACCACUAUUUUUUUUAAA